CGGGCGCGCGGGGAGUCGGCCCCGGGCGCGCGCUCCCCGCCUCCAGCCCCGAGCGGCUCGCGGCCGGCUCCGCGCCGCAUCGCCUGGUGCACGCAGCGCAGCGCCGCGGCCUUUCGGCAGCCGAACAGCGGCGGCGGGUCAGGACAAAGAGGUGUGAGCAGGCGCUGGGCCAGCUAGUGCCGCCAUGGCAGAGAAAGUGAACAACUUCCCACCACUGCCCAAGUUCAUCCCGUUGAAGCCAUGUUUCUACCAAGACUUCGAGGCAGAUAUCCCUCCCCAGCAUCUCACCAUGACGAAGCGCCUCUACUACCUCUGGAUGUUGAACAGCGUCACGCUGGCCGUGAACCUGGUGGGCUGCCUCGCGUGGCUGAUCGGAGGCGGGGGAGCCACCAACUUUGGCCUCGCCUUUCUCUGGCUCAUCCUCUUCACACCCUGCUCCUACGUCUGCUGGUUUCGGCCUAUUUACAAAGCCUUCAAGACCGACAGCUCCUUCAGCUUCAUGGCAUUCUUCUUCACCUUCAUGGCCCAGAUGGUCAUCAGCAUCAUCCAGGCCGUGGGCAUCCCAGGCUGGGGUGUCUGCGGCUGGAUUGCCACCAUCUCCUUCUUCGGAACAAACAUUGGCUCAGCAGUUGUGAUGCUCAUUCCCACCGUCAUGUUCACGGUUGUGGCCAUCUUUUCCUUCAUCGCCCUCAGCAUGGUUCAUAAAUUUUACCGGGGCAGUGGGGGGAGUUUCAGCAAAGCUCAGGAGGAGUGGACCACGGGAGCAUGGAAGAAUCCGCAUGUGCAGCAGGCAGCCCAGAAUGCAGCCAUGGGGGCGGCCCAGGGUGCCAUGAGUCAGCCACAGACUCAGUAUUCCGCCACCCCCAGCUACACAUACUCCAAUGAGAUGUGAACCAGCCAAGCCUACCAGGAGGCAGGGCUGGGGCCACUGGGACAGGGGGCUCAAGCCACAUCAUCUGUUGUGGUGACCAAGCAGGGUUCCCCCUUCCCUUUUCUCCUUCUCCCCCACUUUGUAUAAAGAAUCAGAGUUAUAUAUGUAUAUAUGUAUAUGUAUGCCCCCUGCUCCCCACCUUUUGGAUUCUGCUCUUGGCACUCCAAGAGCUGUGGGCUGCACGUGGAGCUGUCCUGUGUGGCAGUAGCUGUCCGUGUCCCCUCGUGAAACAGUGUGCAGUGAAGGUCUCUUGUUGUGGUGCUAGAUGUAUGUUUAGAACUAAACCAGCCCUCCACCCUCACUUGUCCCUUCUUACCCUGGCCCAGGGACCCUUCAUGGGGUAGGGGGAGGAAUAGCAGAAAGCCCAGCCCCCACCAGGGUCAUGAGCUGAGACUGUUACCACUUUUGGUCUUCCUGGGAAGCAACAGUAUUUAGCACUCGUGGUAGUGGCAGGUGGAAGGGUGAGGACAGGCAGGGGACCUCCCCUUGCUCCUCCUGAUCCAUCCAGUUCUCCCCUCCCUCGGCCUCUGUCUCCCUCAUCUCUUCCCUGCUGUCAGAGUCCCUGUGCUGUCUUCCCUUGCCCAGGGUAUGUUUUUCUCUUUCCUAUGUGGUUUUUGUUUUCCCUAAGGCUGAGUAUCUCAGUUGUAUCUGCUCCUGAGACUGAGCCCAGAUUCCUAAAUCUGUUCUGAUUCCCAGAUAUAGGAAGCUGACAGGAGAGCUGAGCCUUAGCCCUGAUGUGGGAGGGGAACACAGCUGGAGAGGCAGAGCCCACCUGGGUCCCUGACUCUCAGGGAGUGAAAAACGCAGGGUUGGUCUUGGCUCUGAGAGCUCGGCCUGCAGAGGCAGGCUCCUCUUUUCUCUCCCCCCUUCUCCUCUUCCUCCUCUCCCCAGAGGCCCCUGGUGCCCCUCUGCCCAUGGCCCUCUGCCUCCUCCUCAUACCCAGCUGCUGUGACUUAAUUCUCCUACCCCGACCCCACUAUGUGCCAGGUGGCUUCUGCUCUUGUGGAUGGCACAUUCCACUGCCUUCCCUGAGGAGCUGGGUCGUGUCCGGCAGUUGUCAGGUGUAAAGGCGCAGCUGGAGCAGAGGGCAUUUCAGUAAUUAUUGGUCCCCACCCCACUGGGGUGUCUAGGUGUCUCUGAGUGAUCACUGGAUUCCUGGGAGCAGUAGCUGUUCUGUUUGGGUCUGGUAGGAGGGCCAGGGCUUGGAGGGCUAGGCCUGGAGGGAAGGUCAGAGGAGAAAGCAGGUGGGGCCCAGUGGGAGGGGAGCACGCCUCCCCCACCCUGGCUUGUUCUUGGUCAGAGGGUACUUCUGGGCACUUGAACUCAGGGCCCAGGAAAAAGCACAGGCCCAGUCCUCGCUGUAAGCACAAUGGCCUAAAUAGGAUUUCAGGUUAGGCAGGGUAGGAGGGGAGGCUCUCUGGCUUUAGUUUAGGUUUUUUUUUCCUAAAUCAAGAAAACUUGUUCCCCUCUGCCUACAGACCUUGGUUCUUGGCCCUUCCUCACCCUGUCAGAACCUCCUUGCCUUUUCAGGAAAGUGAUUUCAAGUUCAUGGGGCUGUUCUGUUCCAAGCAGUGUGAGAACAUUGCUGGUAGAGGCCCCAGCUCUGUCUGAGACCUAGAGUGGAGUGGGUUCCCAAGGAGCAGAACUGCCCAUUUCUCACUUUCCCUUCUCCCAGCAGAAGCCUACCUGGGCUAUUUGGACAAAAAAACCAAACCCCACUUGGCUACUCUGGGCUGACUCCAGCUUGGAACCCAACACCUGGGCUUCUAGGCCACCCUGAGCUUUGAACUCAAGGUACUUCGAUGCCCUAUAAGGGGAGCCAGGGGCUUCUGUUUCCCAAUGGUCCCUUAGGCUUGGACCACAGAGUAUAAUUGCUUCUCUGCUCUCCCAUUUUCUUUCAGGAAAGCAGUUGUCACAGCCCCUGGCACCUGCAAAGAGACCCUAGGUCUAGGCUUUUCCUCCCCUUUCCUCUCCCCUACCCCAGACCUCUGGCUCCCUUUUUAGUCUCUCUGAUAGCUCCAGAGAGGCUGUGGUCCAGCUGCCAACUUAGCAUCCAUCACCAGUUGGGUAUCAUCUUCAAUUGAUUUCCUGUGCUACCUGCCUCUCUUUCCUGGCCCAGACCAAUAUGCUCACACCCUGACUCUACCCUCAGGAAAGCCCGUUACCCAUGUGUGGCCCAGGUUUGUUCAGGCCCUGAGAUACUGCAUCUCCAGGCAACUAUGCACUUCCCUGGGAAAGGAACUAGUGUGAGAAGUGGGGACUGAGCACAGAUUCAUCUCUGCAGGAUGGUCUGGCGUGGGAGUGGGGUAGAGGAGGGCCCGGGCCAGUUCUGGGGAUUUUCAGGUCUGCGGCCUGCCAGUGACCUGCUUUGGCAGUCUCCGGGUACCCACUGCUCCUCUUUGUUUCUGGGAGAUGGAUCAUCCCCCAGGUGGCAGUUGACCUGCCUGAGCCAAUGUGUAUGUUUGUGGUAAUUGAGUGAACCAUAAUAAAGGGAACAUUUGGCCCUGCG